CUUGACGUGUCGGAGCCUCCAGGGUCCAGGUCCGGAUCUGGGAUGCUGAGGCCGAGCGCGGUGCGGCCCAUCGGGGCGGAGGCUCUGGUAGCACUGCUGGAGGGGGGGCUGGAUCGGGUGGUGUUGAUUGACAGCCGACCCUUCGUGGACUUCAACGUCUCUCACAUCCUGGAGGCGGUGAACGUGAACUGCUCCAAGCUGAUGAAGAGGAGGCUGCAGCAGGACAAGGUCCAGAUCGCCGAGCUGCUGCAGCACUCGGCCAAGAAGAAGUUGGAGCUGCAGGGCGAUCAGGAGGUCGUGGUGUACGACCAGAGUUCUUCCGACCCGACGUCUCUCGGCUCCGAGUCGUUCCUCAGCGUCCUGCUGGUCAAACUGGAGAGAAGCUUCCCGUCCGUCCACCUGCUCUCAGGGGGCUUCUCUGAGUUCUGUCAUCUGUUCCCUGGACUGUGUGAGGGGAAGUCGUCUCUGGUUCCCUCGUGCAUCUCGCAGCCGUGUCUCCCCGUCAACAACAUCGGUCCCACGCGCAUCCUGCCGCACCUGUACCUGGGCUGCCAGCGGGACGUCCUCAACCAGGAGCUGAUGCAGCAGAACCGGAUCGUCUACGUCCUGAACGCCAGUCACACUUGCCCCAAACCAGACUUCGUCCCUGACUCUCACUUCCUGCGGGUUCCGGUGAACGACUCGUUCUGUGAGAAGAUCCUGCCGUGGUUGGACCGAUCGGUGGAGUUCAUAGAAAAGGCCAAAGCAUCGGACGCCCGCGUCCUGGUUCACUGUCUCGCUGGAAUCUCUCGCUCAGCCACCAUCGCCAUUGCCUACAUCAUGAAGAGGAUGGACAUGCCGCUGGACGAGGCGUACAGGUUCGUGAAGGAGAAGCGUCCGACCAUCUCGCCCAACUUCAACUUCCUGGGUCAGCUGCUCGACUUUGAGAAGAAGAUCAAGAGUCCUCACGGAGCGGAGACCAAAGUCAAGUCCCUCCUUCAUCAGGAGCCCAGCGCCGAGGCCCCCCCUCCACCUGACGACCUGGAGUCCGCCCUCAGCCCCGAGGUCGCUGUGGCCCCCGGCCCGGCUCCGCUGGAGGCCCUCCCCCCGCCCUGUGCUUUAGCCGACGCCCCCGACAAGCGUCCGCUGGCUGAGGCUCUGGGCGGCCUGCAGCUCGCUGACGGCCCCGAGGACAACGCCCGGCUGAAACGCUCCUUCUCCCUGGACAUCAAGUCGUUUGGCGAGGUGGGCGGGGCUGCCGCUCACAGAGUGUUCGCUCCUCACGCCACAUCAGGAGACGCCACUGACUUCUACAAACCGCCCUCCUUCAAAGAGACGACUAGUAAACCGUGUCAGUUCUCCCCCGUGGAGGAGGUGUCGGAGCAGUCCACGCCAGAGCAGAGCCCCGACAAGGAGGAGGCAGCCGGAGCAGAGCGAAUGGAGCCGCCGGCCUCCAGCACCUUAACUGCUCCUGCUGCUCCUGCUGCUCCUGCUGCUCCUCCCGCUCCGAACUGUUCCCAGCAGCUGCACCGGAGCGGCAGCACGGAGAACUCCACCAGUUUCCUGUUCGGCCUCUCCCACAGUCUGCAGCACCUGGCCCAGCCGGGGUCCGGCGGCGCCCUGAAAGGCUGGCACUCCGACAUCCUGCUGGGCCCCGUCACCGUCUCCACCUCCUCCCUGACCGGCGGCUGGUACCUCUCCUCCGACUCCUCUCGUUUCUACUCCACCUCCAUCCUGAGCGGCGGUGGAGGCUUUGCGGCGUACAGCUGCAGUCACGGCCUGGAGGCGGUACGGCGCCGCAGUCGGCAGAGAAUGGGCGACCGCUGCGACUCGAGGCGGAGCUGGCACGAGGAGAGCAGCUUCGAGAAGCAGCUGAAGCGACGGAGCUGCCAGAUGGAGUUCGGAGACGGGAUGACGGACAGCAGGUCGCGGGAGGAGAUGGUGAAGGUCGGCAGUCAGUCGAGUUUCUCCGGCAGCAUGGAGGUCAUCGAGGUUUCCUGAGGCUGAUCCUCAGUCAGUUUGAAAGUCACGACGAGUCACACCGGCAGCAUCACCAGACGCCAUGACCACGUGAGCUGGUCAGAUCCACCUGAACACGAGAGCAGGUCGCCUGACGGAUAUCAAACGUUCAGCUCGUCUCUUCAUUUGACCGCGUGUCAGAGGAAGAGGAAGAUGAAGAGGAACCUUGUGAACUGGAGCUCACUGCCGACACCUCCUGACCAGCUGACUUGAUUCAGUUCUUCAGUGGGGUGGGGUCACAUGACAAACCGCUUCGAGAUGCUGCCGGUGUGAGGAACUCGAAGCCCUCGAGUCUGGUCUCAGGGAUUCAAACCUGCAACCUGGACUGUGAUUUUCAGCACGAUGAAGAGGCUGGGACUCGAACAGACGCCGGAGACAAAAGACUCGUUCAGUCAUCAUGAUUUAAAUUCUUGUAUAAAACAGUAAAAUAGUUUUGUGUCAAUCAUC